CAUGUAAUAGUCUUGCAAAUUAUCAACUGGCGGAUUUGAACCUUCGUUGUUUACAUUUGCAUUUUCACUGCGGACUUGCAUAUAUGACGUUGCCUAUGUAUAUAUAAUGAGCGCUACAAAUUGUCUAGCUUAUAUAUCAAAUUUUGUUUUCUUGUUUCAAAAUAAAAAAUUCUCGGAAUUUCCUUUCAGUUCUUGUUUUUAGAAGCUUGGGAAGUUUUAGUUGGAGUUGGUGUUGUCUUUUUUCAUGUUAAGAAUUCAAAAUGAUGGGAUCAUUUCUGACCAGAGGGCUCAUUAUGGCUUUUGGAUACGCAUAUCCAGCUUAUGAGUGCUAUAAAGUCGUAGAAAAGAACAAACCAGAGAUUGAGCAACUUCGAUUUUGGUGCCAAUACUGGAUCUUAGCCGCAAUGCUUACCAUUUUUGAAAGGUUAGCAGACAUUUUCGUCUCAUGGGUGCCAAUGUACUGUGAAGCCAAGUUCGCCUUGUUCAUAUAUUUGUGGUAUCCUAAAACGAAGGGAGCAACGUAUGUUUAUGAUUCUUUUUUUCGCCCAUAUAUUGCACAGCAUGAGAAGGAAAUUGAUCGCAACCUACUGGAGCUAAAGACUAGUGCCGGAGACUUGGCAAUUCAUUAUGGCCAAACGGCUGUGGCCUAUGGCCAGACAAGAUUUUUUGAGAUUAUGCAUUAUAUUGCUUCACAGACAACCUCUAGACCUCGUCUAUCGCAGCAACAACAGGCUAUAGAGGUUCAUGAACCUCCUCCCUAUGUAAGACCUCGGGUACCAGCUACCCCCGCUGCACAACAGCCGUCACGUACUUCCAGUACAGGUAUGGCGCCUCAGACAUCCAGUACUGGUGCGGCUGAAUAUCAACAGGAGACAGCCGUCCAUGCACAUUCAACACUUGAUGCUCUACUUGCCCGUGAGUCUACUGACAUGGAAGCAGAAACAAGUAAGAACGAACCAGUUCCAUCAGCGGCAACUUAUGAAAAUUCAAACGAAACUCAGGAAGACAUAUUCAUGGAUGAAGCCAUUCAAGAGACACGUGCCAGGUUGAGGAAUACCGGAAUCCGACAAUAAAAACUUCUUCUUGCCUACACCAGUAUUGUUAUUUUAUGUCUGAUACGAGAACCAGGAAAAAUGGAUAUAACAAGUUGAUAUUGGUGUAAACGUAAUGGUGUUGUACAUUUUACUUUUCCUACACUUGUUCAAAAUAAACAAAUGAAAUGCAACAGACUGCUUAAAGCAUUUUAUCAUUU